AUGUGGUGGUUAUGGGUGGUGUUUUUGUUGAUUCCUGUUCCGGUAUCUCCAAGAAUCUUGAAUUGUCGGGAUUCUCUGCUCCCAAUCGAUAAUUUAAAUCCCCCUAAGUCCACAAAUCCACUCUUGCUCAUCCUUCUCGAUCGGAAUACCAUGCCAAAUGUAAAUCAACAUCUCGACGACUUACGUUUUCAGAUUGUGACCACUUUUUAUUGCGUUUUCUCCCAAUGGAAGGAUGUGAUCCCCAAUGUUUACAUAUGUAUUUCAUUGAAGAGAUCUACACCUUGUAUGAAAAUAUAUAACAUCCGCAUAUUGGAGAGGGUCCUAGACUUUUGGAGGAUUAAUUUUGAUACCCUUUGGUGCAGUAAGCUCAGGGAUUUUUAGAUCUUAUUUAAGGGUCAUGUGUUACCCUUGAAGACAUUUUCCGUGAUCCCUUGACACUUCCGACCACCAGAAUAGUCCUGACCUCCAAUACAACGUCCAAAACAUUCUUUAAUUCCAUUGCUCCGACGAUUUCUUUUGAGAAAACGAUUGUUGAUGUGAUCUACAGUAACCCUACUGUUCAUGAUUUUGGUUACACCGGACUUUUAUUGGAUACGGACAGUAAGUUUGAUGUGUUGGGGGGCGUAACGGGCUUUGCAGAUGUUACAGAGGCCAGUUUCCUCGAUUUUUUUGCCAAAUUAAUGACAGAAGAUACGAAAAGAGCCCCCAGAUAUAUUUAUUUACAUUACUAUGAGACGGCGAGAGAAGGAGAUCAAAGACUUCGAUUUGACACUUCGUGGUGGGUUUUAUUGCAGUCUUAGGAUGACAUGUUACAGGUAUCAUGUCCUGAGUGUUAUCGGGAAGAGUUUGAUUGUGCUCCUUCUCUUCUACUUUCCCUGCUUCAUCUUCAUGUAUGUUUGGUUUGAGAGUUACAAAUUGGAUGAAUGGCUAAGAAACAGUCAGUUAUAUGUACUACUCUCAAACUAGCCUUUUUUAGUGUUGGAAUAUGAUUGGAAUGUAGAACGACACAUGCUCCUUCAUGAAGCGGAGGUUCAACCAGUAUGUUGUAGAUGUAACUCUGUUAAUAUUACCGUAUCCAUUUAUGUUACAGUAACCCUGAUGAAUAUAAUUCUUUCAGCUGAUCUAG